ACGACCGAUAGAUGGCAACACUGUCAACAACCCUAGUCGCCACACGAGAAGAAAUCAAAGCACAAAAUUGCAUUGGCUUUUAAUUGCAAAUUGUUUGCCAACGGCAGUAAACUUCCCGAACAAAUUCCCGGAACGAUGAAGCUGCUUCCAUUACUCUGCUUACUGAUCAGCUCCAGUUGCCUGCUCCUGGUGUCGGGCGAGGAGAAAUCGGCAAACACUGUCUCUGAUUCCAAGGUGAUCGCUGGGAACUUGACGACUGGACCGCUUGGAAAUGCCACCAAAGGGGCAACCCAACCGGCAGUGGUCGUUCCUGGAACUCCGGCUGCCACACCCGCUGCCGAGCAGGGCAACAAGAACUCGACAAAGUCGGAAGUCCCAGCCGAGAAGGCAAAGGAUGUGAGCACCACCACGGACACUGGAGCCAAGACCAGAAAGCGACUGUUACCAACUUCUUCCUCGAUUCCGGGUGCAUCUACAGCUGCCAAGCCUGCCACUGAGGUCAAGGGUGAUGGCACAGCUGCUGCCAGCCCAUCUUCCAACAGCACUUCAUCGACUACGUCCACCACAACCACGACAACGACAGCAAAACCGCCGGCUGCAGGAUCAGCCAUAGUGGCCGAGGGUCAGUCCAUGAGCGAUGUGACCAAGACGACCAGCAGCUCCAAACCAAACAAUUCCACUGCGACCACAACAAAAUCAGCUACAUCUAGCACCUCCACCUCAACGACCACUACUACCACCACCACCACGAGCACCACCACCACGACCACAACUACUCCCAAGCCCACUAAACCGCCUAUUGCCUUUGGCAUGAACACGCACAAGGAGUGGGAGGAAGAGCAGCAGCAGCAACAGAAGCAGAAGCCAGGCCAAGUGAAGGCAAAUGAUAAGAAGGAUAACGAUCAGCCGGCAGCCGCCGCCGCCGCCGCCGCCGCCGGUGGUGGUUCGUCACAGCCAUUGCCAGUGCCAUCGUCUACGCUCGCCGAGCCAGUGACUCCGUUGGUGCAAGGGCUAACCGACAAUCUGGCCGAUCGUGGCGACAACGUGUAUGUGGUGCCAAUUGUUACUGUGCUGCUAACCGUGCCGCUGGCCAUCGGUGUGGUGAUCAUCAUGUACCGUCGCUUCCGUGAUAUGUGGAGCACCCGCCAUUACCGCCGCAUGGACUUCCUGGUGGACGGCAUGUAUAACGACUGACGAAGGCGCAACCAAUGCGAAAUAGCCCUGUCCACAUACUCCUCAGCCCAUACUUCCUACUCCAAUUCGUUGACUGGAAUUUGUUAGCCACUGAAGCUCUGAAAGUUGGAUAAUGAUUAUUAGUUGUAAAGCUGCAAGCGCUUGCAUCAAAUGCAAGAUCUCUCGAGUGAGAAAGGAUAUACCACACCUACACACCCACACACACACACACACACACACAAACACAAACUAGGAUAUUGCUCAGUCAAUUAAAACAUAUUAUCGAGGAGUAUGAGAAGAGAAAUCGCUUUAAAUUGACUUCCAAGCGGCCAAAUUGAAUUUAAAAUCAAACUGAUUUUUUUUGUAUCGAUGCAAAAUUGAGACGAUGACUUUUUACGUUGUAAGCAUUUUGGAUUUUAUGUCAAGCAUUUGUUAGAAAUCAGCAAGGACGAACACAGACACUUACAGACUAAUACAAACACUUACACAGUCUCUAUAUUGUAUGUGUAUGUUAUAUAUCUAAUUAGAAAGUAUAUAAGAAUAUAUUGGGAAGCUGCGACCAAAUUGUACCGACUUUACCCACUCAUCCAUCAAGCGCAAUUAGCAAUCACACUCUCAUUCGAUCUAGUAUCUAACCGUAAUGUGCCUUACGAAUCAGCUCUAUAUAUGUAUACACUUAUAUAUACUAUAUAUAUAAAAAUACCUGUACACUUUGAUAUUCUGAUCUGAUCUGAUAGUCUCAAAAAUUCGAAAUUGAGAUGUAUUUUCCGCAUUUACUUUACGCAACUCACUCAAAAGCAGCAGAAACCAAAAAAACACAAGCAAUCGGCCUGAAACAAGCAAAUUUAUUGCAUAACUCUGAGUAGAUAUAUAUAUAUAUACUCUAUAUAUACAAAUCAUUUUUGUUGUUGUCAAUGUAACAAUUACAAUAAAGCGAAAGGCAUUCAAAUCAAA